UUACCCCCAGCUGACCUGAGGAUAUCGACAUACCGCGUCGAGAGAUGUCAACAAAGAAGACCCAAAAAAUGCAGAAAAGAAGAAAGGAAGACGAAAAAGAGAGAGGCUGAGGGGUGGCACGGAUUGCCUUCCGAGUCAGAGUCACCACCAUCAUCCUCAAAUCGACAUGACUCCAUCUCUGACUCCAACUCCAACUCCAACGGUCGACGGCGGUCAACCAAGCCCAACCUAGACUUCGAGGCUCAACUUCUUCUAAGUUCUUCCUCUAGGCUGCCACUCGCCAACUUGAGCAAGUCCAUCGCCAGCUGCAUGUAUCAUGUAUGGGGCGCGCCCGGGACUGCACCUCGUAGUCAUACAGACACUUGCCCCGAUACGGAGAGGUCAGGCAAUCAAAUUCACGGGGAUUGGCUCUCACAUCUUUGA